AUGUGUUGUUCAAGACUAGUUUUAUCUUUCUGCUUCAUUCUCUUCCAUGCUGUUGCUCUCACGUUUGCCCAAGACCCUCACUUCUGCUUUGAAACUGGUAACUACACCACUAACAGUACCUACAAGGCAAACCUCAACACCCUCCUGGCCUCCAUGUCUUCCAACACCGAAAUAGAUUACGGGUUUUACAAUUUCUCCGCCGGAGAAGACCCUGACAAAGUCAACGCCAUUGCACUUUGUAGAGGAGACAUCUCUACGGAAGAAUGCCGAAGUUGUGUCAACAAGUCAAGUCACGAUCUCUUACAGUAUUGUCCCAACCAGAAGGAGUACAACACAAAGAACGUGUCCGACGUAGAAGGGUUCAACAAGGUGCUAAAACCCUUGUUAGAUGGGCUAAGAAUCCGCGCUGCAUCAGGAAGCUCUACUCGCAAGUUUGCUGUGGGAAGUGCCGCUGCUCCAGAUUUUGAAACAAUACAUGCACUUUUGAUGUGCACUCCUGAUUUGGACGAGCUGGAAUGCAGCAACUGCCUGAGGAAGGCUGCGGAAUAUAUUCCACAAUGUUGUGAUGGAAAGCAGGGAGGGAGAUAUAUAGCACCCAGAUGUGAUUUAAGGUACGAGGUAUACAGUUUCUUUGACCCUGCAGCUGAGACGACAUCUUCAGAAGGUUUGGAGGGUACUACAAAAGUGAUGGAGUAG